AUGCUAGACAGGAAUAUAUCUGAAACACUUGAUCAUAUAUCUAUACAAGUUAAUCGUUAUUUUUCCAUUUUUAUUUUUCUCUUUGGUACUACUGGUAAUAUACUUAAUUGUCUCGUUUUAUCUCGACCAUCUCUUCGUUCAAAUCCAUGUACUUUCUAUUUUCUUAUUUCAUCAAUUGCAAAUAUUAUUUCCAUUACUUGUGGUUUAACUUCAAGGAUACUAUCCGGAUGGAAUAUGGAUUUAACAAGUACAAAUGCAUUUCUUUGUAAAUUUCGUGCUUUUAUUAUGUUAGUUUCAAGGUCAAUUGCUUUUUGGCUUAUAGCACUUGCAACAGUCGAUCGUUGGCUUUUAUCAUCCUAUCGACAUCAACGACGACAAUAUAGUUCUUUAAAAAAUGCUCAACAAGGAACGAUUGCUAUUAUUAUCUUGUCGUCAUUUCUCUAUUGUCAAGUAUUGUAUUGUUAUGAUGCUAAUAUGAUUUUAGCACCACUCCGUUGCUAUGGUAAAACAAUUACAUGUCGUUUAGUAACUGAUUUAACAUAUGCAUUAGUAACAAUCUUAUGUCCGUUAUUAAUUAUGUGUAUAUUCGGUUUGAUGACAAUAUCAAAUAUAGGUCGAAUACAUUCCAAUAAAUCAACACAAUCAAAAUUACUUGAUAUAAACGAUAAGAAUAAAAAAACAAUAAAACCUAAAAAACAAAAAAGAAAACGAAUUGAUCGAUAUUUACGCCAUGUACUUUUUGUUCAAAUUAUAUUUCUAACUAUUCUUACAAUUCCACAAGUUAUUGAGAAAUUAUAUACAACAUUAACAAUGAAUCAAACGAAAUCAUCAUUAAAUGUAACAAUAGAUAAUUUUAUCUAUAAUAUUGUUCUUCUAUUAACAUAUCUUGCAAGUGGAAUGCCAUUUUAUAUCUAUACAUUAAGUGGUGGAAAUACAUUUCGUAAUGCACUUAUGGAUCUGUUCAAAACAAAAUAA